GACACGUUACAUCUGACCUUGGUGGAACACGCCUCCGUGAACAUGACAAUCGGACCUGAAGAAGCGGUCUACUGCAAAGUGACAAGCCCCGAUGGUGACGUGGUGUUCGAUGGCUUCGGGAGAUGUCGGGUGGCUUUGCACCGCGUGUUCAAGGACCAGCAUGAAGGCGACUGGACCAUGAUGGUUGGGAUGCCUGGACAGAUUGUGACGGAGAGACACUUGUUGCUUGUGAGUGUUACGGCGGCAGAUGCAAAGCCGGAAGUCGUGUCUUACGUUUCGGUCAACAAACCAACAGUAGAGCUGAGUUGUUCAGUGACAAGCUCGCAGCAGAUAACCGGCUGUCUGUUCCGGAGUCCUGCAUUACAAGAAGUUCUCGUGGCCAAUCCAGGUGUUAGUGAAGGCCGUUACGUCUUCCACGUCAACCAGACCAGCAUCGAGUCCGAAUACUACUACAGCUGCAAUCUCCAGAUCACCGAGCCGGUGACUUCAGACCUGGGCCUGUGGCGGUGUGACCUGGAGUCUGUGGAGGAGAACUAUUACGGCUUCCUCACCGUGCUCUGCCCGUGGGCCAUGCAGGAUCCUGUCGUCGCUGAGUCUGUUGUGGCAGACCCCGUGUUGGUGGCGCAGGCUAACUCGCUGUCAGUUGAGGAGCAAGAGCCGGCUAGUCUGGCGUGCUCGGCGCGGGCGCCGCUCCGCUACUGUUACUUCAGGGCCCCCAAUGGAACCGUCUUUAAUGUCGGACCUGGCAUGUCAUCAUCACCAACCAUGGAGUAUAUAGGCGCUGGCUUAGACGCCGGCGAGUACGGCGUGCGCUUCCAGAGUCUGUUGCACAGCGAUGCCGGCGGAUGGUCGUGCCACGCCAGCAUCAACGGACAGGAGCAGAACCAAAGCAUCUACGUCAUGGUGAAAGAAGAGAUGAGUGUAUCGAGCAAGAUCGACUAUGACAGUUGGGUGGUGAUCGAAGGCCAAGUUGCCUGGAACCGGGAACUAGAAUAUUGCCGUUUCGUCCGAUUUGAUGGGUUUGGUUUCUCAUCAAUCGACAAUGUACAAUCCCCCUAUUACCUGGACGAGAGCAGUUCCUCAAGAGGCAUCUGCAGGAUACGCGUGGCUUUAACUCGUGAAAAUCUGCAGCCGUGGACCGUGGUUGCCAAGCUAGAGGGUAGAGACGGCGAGAUCUCUCGCGUGGCGGUACUCAACUGGCCUGAACCUACUCCUCCGAGAUACUGUAAGCAUUAAUUAAAACUAGAACAG